CCAGGCCCCGGGCUCACCUGCGCCAACAGCCGCCGGCUCUCCACCUCCGAGCGGUUGAGCAGCAGCGCGGCCAGCGUCAGCACCCGGCCCUCGCUCGCCGCCUUGUACACGUCAAAGGAAUUCACGUUUAAUCCAAGGAGGCAAUUCUGGAAGAAUGACAACCCCAUUUGCUUGCAACUGGUGAAUCCAAAAAGGUGCAACUCACGUGGAUUAUAGGAACAGUCUUCAAACAGCACCCUGGCAAGCAGCUUAAUCAUACAGAUUUCCAUCAUCCGCCUUUUAAAAAAAAACACGUUCCCAACGAGUGGAACAAACAUCAGCCGAUUGGAGUUUAGACAGGCAGAGGGCGGGUUCAGAGUGAGAGGGCGUUCCGAACCAACCAAGUGCGGCACAAGAGAGGGUUGACUGCCAGACAGCAAGUUGAACGUCUCUCUGGGCUGGAGCCGCGCUCCCUCUCUGCUGAGAAAGAGGACGCGAGUGGUCGAGUCUAAUGUAUCAAACGACGCGGCGCUGGAUACCAUGUGAGCUGCAGUUUCCUUGGCCCCGCUCCUCGUACAUCUGGGGCAGAUGUGGAUUCGGGAUCGGGGUUUUGCAACCCAUGGUGUAGCGAAGCAAGAGCAAAUUUAAACCAUUAAUAAGGAAGACGGCGCCUUCUCCACAGGCAACUCAACAUGCGGAAACGACAGCAGCAACCUCUACAAACUCCCUUCUUCCUUCCCAGGAAUGCAGGAAAUGAGCCGGAAAACCUGGAUAAAAAGCCUCAGUUUCACUUGGAUCUUUGGUUCUACUUCACGGUGCAAAACUGGAUCCUGGAUUUUGGCCGUCCCAUUGCAAUGAUCAUCCUUCCCUUGGAGUGGUUUCCACUGAAUAAGCCAAGUGUUGGUGAUUAUUUCCACAUGGCCUAUAACAUCAUCACACCAUUCCUCCUGCUGAAGCUUAUCGAGCGCUCCCCCAAGACUCUGCCUCUGUCCGCAGUGUACAUCUGCAUCAUCACGUUUGUGAUGGGAGCCAGCAUUCAUCUUGUGGGUGAUUCCGUGAACCACCGGCUCAUUUUAAGCGGCUACCAGCUGCACUUGUCUGUUCGAGAUAACCCAAUGAUGAAGGAGCUGAAACCAGAGACACUGAUUGACUCGUUUGAGCUGCUUUACUACUAUGAUGAAUCUUUGGGUCACCUGAUGUGGUACAUUCCUCUCUUCAUAAUUUUCUGCCUGUAUUUUACUGGUUGCUUCACCCUGUGUCGCAAGGACAGCAGAAUGCCUAUGUCCGCAUGGCUUCUCCUCGGUCCAAGCAGCCUCUACUACUGGUACCUGGUGACAGAGGGUCAGAUCUUCGUCCUCUAUAUCUUCACCACCUUUGCCAUGAUGGCUACAGUGAUGCACAAGAAACGCAAAGGCCUGGUCAUGGACAGCAACGGCCUUUUCCUCUUUUACUCCUUCUGUAUCACGCUGGUCCUGAUCGCCGUAUGGGUGGCCUUCCUUUGGAAUGACAAAAUUCUCCGGCGAAAGUACCCGGGAGUGAUGUAUGUGCCAGAACCCUGGGCUUAUUACACCCUCCACAUCAAGAAGACACCAUAGGUUUUUGCCCCCCUCCCGUUUCUCAGGUGGGUUUAGCUGAGGCCUCAGCUGCUGCUCGAACAGGUAGGCAAAGCUUCCGUCAGAAAAGUUGAACCAGGGUGUAGCAAUACCAUAUG